CCUGUAAGUGGCGGCCAUUCAAACAAGUUAAACACAAUUUCACAACAAGUUGAUUCGCCACGGUCAUAUUCAAACCAUGCGUACGAGGAAGACAAACAUGGUGGCGCUAGUAGUCAUCCAGGCGCGGACCCGGCUCCUCAUGAAUACAGAAAUAUCCCUCAAGAGGGCGCUGCAGGCGCUGCCGGGCAUGAAUAUCGGAAUAUCUCAGCCAAUAGAUCCCCGUCCCAGCAAAACAGGAGCCGUGGAUCUGAGAGAGAAGACCCUCACCACUCAUAUAGGAAUAUACCAGAACAAAAUGGGUCCCAUGGGAAUUACAACAAUAAAAAUGUCACAGAAAUUCGGCAAUUUGACGGUGCCAAAGAGUCCCCGUAUAGCAGGCAUAGACAAAUACCACAAAACAGGUCACAAAACUCUCGUAAUAAAAAACCCUCACAGAAGGGAGAUAACAGAGAGGUGGCGGAGUCACAGUAUCUUCCUAUGGACAGAUUUAGUGGAGAGGGGCGGGACCCCCACCCACACGACGAAUACGACCAACUAGCGCCGCCUAGGCAUUCGUCGCCUCCAAAGCAGGCCUCACCAGAGGUCGCUGGUCACGAGUACAGGAACGUUUAUGAUCAUAAAUUCCAACCUUAUGAUGAGAGAUCUGCGGAUAUCACUCGGGGAGAAUCUAAAAAAUCCUACCUGAAUAUGGAAAGGCUAGACGGAACAAGACAAUCGGACAUAAUAUUGGAGGAUAAUGAAGAACAUUAUAAACACCCAGUUAGGGCCUAUGAUAAUCUUGCCGUUGUGAAACCCACUGUACGUCCAAACAACGUCGACGUCGGUGCCUACGACAAUCCGGCGUAUCGCAACAGCUCCUACGAGAUCGCCCCUGGCGGAAAACCCCACCCGGAGAAUACGAUUCUGCGUACAGAGAAUGCGUACACCGAUGAGCCAGACAUAGGUAUAGGGCGUAUCCGACGGGAGCCGAAAUACGAAAGUAGAAAGUCGUAUAUUGAAGCAGUGGAGUCGUCCAAGGUCGAUGGCGAGGACCAGAAACGCGCCGCCAAGAAAAGGGUCAUUAUCAUUGUGGUUGUUGCGAUUGCUUUUCUCAUUGCUGUUGGGAUUGCGCUAGGACUAUACUUUGGAAUAUGGUACAAACCAGAAGAGACGUUAACAACGCCGAUGCCAACGCCCACUUCCACACAGGGACCAGCUGGUCUGGUCCAGUACAGUGUCGAGGCGACGAUAGAGGGAACAUGGAGCCCCGAUCUCAGUAAUCCUAACUCCCAAAGAUAUCAAAACUUAUCUGCCGCAUUUAAAGAACAGAUGAGUGUUAUUCUCAAAGAUGGAACAUAUGGUUCUCAAUAUAACUCUAUAGAAAUAUCAGGAUUCCGAAAUGGUAGCAUUAAAGUAGAUUUCAAGGUGAUAUAUCUCGUGUCACCCGAUGCAAAGGAACCCCUUACUCCAAGAGUCGUUGAGAAGGACAUGGAGACCGGUAUAACCAAAGCCAGGGGAGACAAGACCCUCAAGAUUGACAUACAGCCCGACGUACUUAUACAAGUGCCGUGUUUCCUAACGGACCAAAUCGCCUGUCUAAACGGGACUUGCAUCAACAGAGACUUACUCUGCAAUGGAAGACUGGACUGCUCGGACGGCUUUGAUGAGUCGGAAGUUGUUUGCCAAAUUGGUAAAAGUGUCACGUGCACCUUUGAGUCGGACAAUGCCUGCGGUUACCAAAAUGCCCCAAACCAGCGUCUGCCAUGGCGCCGGUUCAAGGGGCAAACGUUUACAGCUGGGACCGGCCCCGCAGCUGACCACACCUUUGGGACAUCAGAAGGAGCAUACAUGUAUGUGGAGAACUCUCGCAGUAUUCUCCCGACCACAUCCACCCUGUGGUCGCCGAGUAUAAUUAACAAUGCAACGUCACACUGCGUGGAAUUCUACUACCAUAUGUACGGCCUUGACAUUGGGAGACUUACCGUACUCUCGAAGCAGGUAUCAGGAUCAGAGAGUACAAUAUUCAUAGCUCAAGGUGAGCGAAGAAAUGAUUGGAUUAGGGGUCAGGCUCAGGCACCACGUGGUACCACGCAGAUAGGUUUCAAAGUUCAAACGAAGGGGCGUGGCCUGGAAGACCAGGGGGAUAUCGCUAUUGAUGACGUCACACUGAAAACGACCGACUGUGUUUACGAAGCAUGCACGGAGCUUGAGUUUGCCUGUAACAACAAGCAGUGUAUUCCCUCCUAUCAGCGCUGCGAUAACUUCUCUCAGUGUUUGGACGGAAGUGACGAAAUGAAUUGUGAGUGUCCAGUGAACAGGGUCAAGUGCCCGGGAGAAGCCAAGUGUAUCAUGAAAGAGUGGCUAUGUGACAGCUACAGGGACUGUAAUAACGGCUGGGACGAGGAAAACUGUCCAAGCUGUUCCACGUCGGAGUUCGAGUGUGGAGACAAGAGUUGUAUCCCUGCCUCCCAGAGAUGUGACGGUACGAGCCAGUGCCCCGGGGGAGCGGAUGAGCAGCGUUGUGUGCGCCGUGCGUCCGCCAACAACGUCAUUGAGGUGUACCGUGAUGGCGGUUGGUACCCUAUUUGUGCAUCAGGCUGGACCAGUCAGUUGACGAGUGACUUGUGUGACAUGCUGGGCGAGGGUGAUUUGGAGCAGGAUCAGCGUCCCGCUGUGAAUUCUGCGUCAUACCUCAGCGUUGGACGAGUCACGGGAUCUCUUCUGGGAGCUCUCUCCAUGAGUUCUCAGUGUUCCAAUAACCGCGUCGUAGGAGCCGUAUGCAAGGCAAAGACCUGCGGACGGCCCACUAUCGGUCAGCUGGCUCCGAUGAUCAUCCACGGGGACGAUGCCCCGGACGGACGGUGGCCGUGGAUGGUGUCCUUGCUGGCCAAUGACGUGCAUAAGUGUGGGGCCACGCUUAUCAAUAGGCAGUGGGUGGUCACGGCGGCACAUUGUGUCUGGGAUUUUGCAAGCAACUUGUAUCGUCUGAAAAUUGUCCUGGGCACCACGCGGCCUGGGGAACAGUCAGCGUCCAAAGUGCAAAUGAGGGUGAGAACAGCAGUCAUCCACCCCGACUACGACACCAGGAACCCUUACAAAGGGAACGACAUCGCUCUGCUGCAGUUAUUGGAACCUGUCAACUACACAGCGUAUAUCCAGCCAAUAUGUCUGCCCAAAUCUCGCGAGAGCGGGAGUACGUAUCCCGUGACGUCACGGUGCUACACGACCGGCUGGGGUUUUACUGAUAGUGACCUGCAGACGGAGCCAGUAGUCUUGCAAGAGGCGAAGAUGAAGGUGUGGAGCCCCGCUGUGUGUAAUAGUAGCAGUGGACACAACGGGAUUAUCCGAGAUUCCAUGGUCUGUGCCGGAUACUACUCCGGAUACAUAUCCGUUUGUCAGAAAGACAGCGGGGGACCCUUGGUGUGCAGAGACGAGUUUGACAGAUGGAAGUUGAUCGGUGUCACCAGUUUUGUAGCUCAAGGCUGUGACGUCCCCAGGAACCCAGGGAUCUUCACCAAGGUGGCAGAUUUCGUCGACUGGAUGCAUCCGUAUAUAUGUAAGUAUAAGUCGAGUGUGCAAGUGUUUAAUUUUGUUGAUACAGUUAAAUCAUACAGCAUACGCUUGAGGGAUCGAUUUCUCAAUUUAGGCCUCUUACACAACGUGCAUUACGCUUAACUGUAUCGAAAUGCUCAGGGAGAUUGGAAAAUUAUCAGCCUGGAUAAAACCUGGGUAGUCAUCA